AUGGAGCCCAACUGGGCCGAGUCUUACAAAAUGUUCUGUUUCCUAAACAAACGUGUCAUAAAGAAAGGGUGGGGCCGGGCAGGCACUGUUGACAAGGUGUUUGCCCCACCUCAUUUAUUGACUGACAGUUUGCUUCAGUUCCUAGACCGGGAUUCUGGGAGGCAGCCAUCUCCAGAGCCAGAUCCAUUUGCUGUUGCACAUCAGGAGAGAUCAAAAGCAGCAAAGUUUAUUUGCUGGAAACUGAAGAAGGAUGCUGCUCAACAUCAGAGACUUGAUGAGACUGUGGCUGGAACUCCACACCAAUUUGCAAACCUUCAGCCAGUUCCAGCUCCAGAGGUGACAGUUCAACCUCCAGCUCAGGAUCAAGCUGAUCAGAAUAUCUUGCCCAGCAUUACAGGGAAGCCUGUGCAUCUCCAACUUAGCAUAACUGUACAACCUAUUACUGAAGAUGAGCUUUCUCCAGCCAUGCAAGAGACCCCAGUUCAGCUUACAGAGCCCCCUAUGGAGGUUGUACCUCAAUCCCCAGUACAACAGGAGAUGACAGUUCCAAUACCAGGUCAGGAUGAAGUUCCAUACCCAACAUCACCCAGUGUCACAUUUCAACCUUCAGACCUGGAAUUAACCAUAACUACAGAAACCACCACAGGAGCUGACCUUUCUCCCGUCGUGCAGGAGACCUCAACUCAGCCUCCAGAGCCACCUGAGCACCCUGAGGUGACACUUCCACAUCCAGUCCAGAAUCAGGCUCAGCAUCCCAACCUGAAUGAAGUCACAGUUCAACCUUUAGCUCUAGGAGUUCCCUUAACUUCAGAGUCCAAACAGUCUACUACUCUGAAGAAGACAACAGCUCCUCCCCCAAAGGUGGAGGUGACACUUCCACAAGUCACGGUUAAGACUUUAAAGCUGGAGCUUACCAAAUCUUCACAACCUACCACAGAGGUUAAACAUUCAUCUAUGCAGGAAACCUCAACUCAGCCUCCAAAGCCAGCUGCAGAGACUAAAAUUCAGCCUUCAACAUCAGGUCAAGAUCAGGCUCAGCGUCCAACGUUGGCAGUUACAGAGGCAAAUAACACCACAACUCCUCCUCCACAGCACCCUGAGGUGACACCUCCACAUUCAGAACAGCUUCAGUCUGGUCUGGAACGUACCACUAUUGCACAUUCUGUAAAUCCCACCACAGAAAGUGCGCUAACUGUGCAAACGGAACCGAAUGCCACCCCGUACACCAACAUAUGUGAGCUCUGUACCUGUCGAGAUGAGUCACUGUUGUGUGUUGGUCUCAGCCCAACGCAGAAGCUCCGCCGAGUGCCUGUGCCGAAGCCCAACACCUACAAGAAGGUCCUCACCACCCUAAAUUUCCAUGGAAACGCUAUUGAUUACAUUGAUAAAAAUACAUGGAAAGCCUAUCGUUGGACUGAGAAACUAAUUCUCAGUGAAAAUCGCCUGACUGAAUUACGUAAGGAUUCAUUUGAAGGCCUGCUGUCCCUUGAGUAUUUAGAUUUAUCCUGCAAUAAAAUACAGUAUAUUGAAAGACGGACAUUUGAAUCACUACCUUUUUUGAAAUUCGUAAAUCUUGGUUGCAAUUUAAUCACUGAAUUGAACUUUGGAACAUUUCAAGCAUGGCAUGGAAUGCAGUUUUUACACCAAGUGUAAGUGGAAUAGAAGACAAACAUGUUUCAAACUUAUUUGUGUCUUAAAAAAAAAAA